AUUAGACGCAAUCCAAUCUUGUCCGCAUCGAGAGCGCGCGCGAGAUCCAGAGCUCCAAGCCGAACCAAACCAGCCUAGCCAGCGGCAGAGCUAGACGAGCCGGAGCGGCAUGGCGGGCGGCGACGAGGGCUCCCUGGUGCCGCGGGAGGUGCCGGGCAGCUACGGCAUGCCGUUCGUCUCGGCCAUCCGCGACCGCCUCGACUUCUACUACUUCCAGGGCCAGGACAAGUACUUCGAGUCCCGCGUCGAGAGGUACGGCUCCACCGUCGUCCGCAUCAACGUCCCGCCGGGCCCCUUCAUGGCGCGCGACCCGCGCGUGGUCGCCGUGCUCGACGCCAAGAGCUUCCCCGUGCUCUUCGACGUCGACAAGGUCGAGAAGAAGAACCUCUUCACCGGCACCUACAUGCCCUCCACCUCCCUCACCGGCGGCUUCCGCGUCUGCUCCUACCUCGACCCCUCCGAGCCCACCCACGCCAAGGUCAAGCAGCUGCUCUUCUCCCUCCUCGCCUCCCGCAAGGACGCCUUCAUCCCGGCCUUCCGCUCCCACUUCUCCUCGCUGCUCGCCACCGUCGAGUCGCAGCUCGUCCUCGGCGGCAAGGCCAACUUCAACACGCUCAACGACGCCACCUCCUUCGAGUUCAUCGGCGACGCCUACUUCGGCGUGCUCCCCUCCGCGUCUGACCUAGGCACCACCGGCCCUGCCAAGGCCGCCAAGUGGCUCAUAUUCCAGCUCCACCCGCUCGUCACGCUCGGCCUCCCCAUGAUCCUCGAGGAGCCGCUCCUCCACACGGUGCACCUCCCGCCCAUCCUCGUCAGCGGCGACUACAAGGCGCUGUACAAGUACUUCAACGCCGCCGCGACCAAGGCGCUCGACACCGCCGAGGGCCUCGGGCUGAACCGGGACGAGGCAUGCCACAACCUGCUGUUCGCCACCGUGUUCAACAGCUACGGCGGCCUCAAGGUGCUGCUCCCGGGGAUCCUCGCGCGCAUCGCGGGGGCCGGAGAGAAGUUCCACCAGAAGCUGGUCGCGGAGAUUCGCGCCGCCGUGGCGGACGCCGGCGGCAAGGUGACGGUGGAGGCGCUGGAGAAGAUGGAGCUGACCAAGUCGGCGGUGUGGGAGGCGCUGCGGCUGGACCCGCCCGUCAAGUUCCAGUACGGGCGCGCCAAGGCGGACAUGAACAUCGAGAGCCACGACGCGGUGUUCGCCGUGAAGAAGGGGGAGAUGCUGUUCGGGUACCAGCCGUGCGCCACCAGGGACCCCCGCGUGUUCGGCCCCACGGCGAGGGAGUUCGUCGGCGACCGGUUCGUCGGGGAGGAGGGGAGGAAGCUGCUGCAGUACGUGUACUGGUCCAACGGGCGGGAGACCGAGAGCCCCAGCGUGGACAACAAGCAGUGCCCCGGCAAGAACCUGGUGGUGCUCGUCGGCAGGCUCCUGGUGGUGGAGCUGUUCCUCCGGUACGACACCUUCACCGCCGACGUCGGGGUCGACCUGCUCGGCACCAAGGUUGAGUUCACCGGCGUCACCAAGGCCACGUCCGGUCCUGAUAGCGCUGUUUGAAAAUUAAAACCUGCACCGGUCAUCGGAUUAACGUACGGCGGCAGCAGCUCUCAUAGCAGCCAUCGAUCGACCCAGUCAGCACGUAGUAGUACGAGUCAGUCAUGCAUGCAUCUUGUUCGGCUGCUUCGCUGCAUUGUGCCCUCAAUAAUGCUCUUGUGCCCUUGUGUGUGUGUAUGUGUAUGUGUGUGUGUGUUUACUUUUCGCAAUCUUGCCCAGUGUAAUAAGACGGACUUUCUUGUAAUAAGAUUCUCACUCUUGACGUACGGUAAAA